CUGCAGUUGAACGCAAGGCCAGAAUUACACAAUAUGAUUAAUUGAUUGUCGCGUCUCCACCGCGCCGAGCCGCUUUUAAAGUUAUUCCCCACAUCAGCUCCCUUUGACGCCGUCCCAUCGGCUUAAGACAACACGUCUGGAUAAAGCCCAUCGAUACUGGCUCUGAUAUGGAUCUUGCUCAAAAACCCGACAAUUCUCCAGCACAGCGUGCUGAGGGCAAGCCAAUCGCGACUGGGUCCACGUACCUCCAGCAUCCGAUCUGGAGCCUCGCCGGCUUAUUCUUAGCUUGGAAGCUGUUUCUCUUCGUAGUCGUCGUCAAUUGCCCCGGCUUAGGCUAUGACGCCUCGACAAACCUGCUGACCGUCUCUGAGACAGAUGAGCCUGUCGCGUCACUGGCAAGGAUCUUGAAGUUCGUGCGAUGGGAUUCCAUCUAUUUCGUUCGCAUUGCCGAGCGGAACUACCUUUUCGAGCAAGAGUGGGCAUUUCCCUAUGGCCGCGUGCUACGUAGCUUGACCUCUGCUCUCGGUCGGUCAGGUCGCACUAUCCACCCACCAGAAAUCGCAGUCAUUGGUAUUUUGCUCUCACAUAUAAGCCACUUUCUGUCUGUUCUGGCGCUCUUCAGUCUUAGCAACACUGUUCUUGGCCAUGAGACGUCCCGCCAAAGGGCUCUAUGUUUCGUUUCUGCUGCUCUCCAUGUCAUCUCUCCGGCGGGUGCUUUUCUCUCGGCCCCAUACGGAGAACCGGUGUUUUCAUGUUUGAACCUCUCUGGAUUCUACGUAUACGCGUUGGCUAUUUUCGCUGAACAGACCAGAAACUACAGCCGGCGAGACUUGUACUUUAUCGUUGCAGGUGUUUUAUUUGCUGGGGCUACUCUGAUUCGCGGCAAUGGGAUCCUAAGUGGCAGCCUGUUUGCUUACGAUGCUGUUCAAGGAGCGAUUUCAGCUUUGACUGGAGGACUUUCGUUCGGCCUAAUACGUCGGACAGUAUAUGUGGUCAUCGGGGGCAGUAUUAUUGCACUCGCAAUGGUUGUACCUCAAUACAUUGCGUUUCAAGAAUAUUGCCAAACAAAUCCAGAUACGGUACGCCCAUGGUGUGGACGGCUUUUGCCCAGCAUCUACACCUGGGUUCAGGCUCAUUACUGGAACAACGGUUUCCUGAGAUACUGGACGAUUUCUAACCUGCCACUAUUUCUUCUCGCAGCUCCUAUCCUAUCGAUCAUGUUCUACUCGUCCAUGGUGGCGCUCUGGGGACGCCUAGGGCAGUCUUCCUCUGUGUGCUGGAGUCACGUGCCCCAGGAAACGAUACUUCGACGGUCCAUUGUGGUUCGCCUUGCGAUUCCGCAGGGGAUACUGGCCGUCAUGGCAUUUACCAGCUUUCAUGUGCAGAUCAUCAAUCGGAUCUCCUCUGGCUACGCGGUGUGGUACUGGUACUUGGCCUCGGUUGCAUUUGAGUCUCCAAGCCGACGAGCAUUCGGCGUGAUCGUGCAGGCGAUGGUAAUGUACGCUGGGAUCCAAGCUGUUCUUUAUGGAUCUUUCCUGCCACCGGCCUAGCGGGAAAAGCGAAGGGGGCUAUUAAUAAAAAUGAUAAUAAAAAUGAUGUCGUCUGAUACUGUUCUUAAGAUUGCGCGUCACAGUGGUGCCUGUCGACUCUGUGCCAAGACAAUGCAAGCACGGACUGGAAUUUGCAUUUGGCCCCGGACAAGCUCACCGAGCAGCAGGCCGACUAGGCAGUAGAGGACGCGAGAGCACAAAUGCAAUAAUCAAUAAUUAUAUAAGGGAGACAGACACAGGCAAACAAUCGCAGAGCGCCUCUCCUGUCCGUGUUGCUAGA